AUGGCAUACAUAAGACGUUCCACCAAAGAUCUAGGAUCUCUCUAUCAUGAUUACCACUCGCUUAUGGACAUGGCGAAAAAGAAUCAUCUGACCGCACGGGAUAUAAAGUUUUUGGCUAGCCUGCCACAGUAUGAGCCCUAUGAGUCGAGGUGGACGCCCGAACAAUUGAAACAGGAUCAGAGGGACGCAAAGAAGUUUGCGGCAUUGGUUGCAGUCGUUGUGGUUGUUUUUUCGGUGGGGUUUGCGAUGAUGCUUUGUAGGAGGGUGGCUGAUGCGGCUGAGUUGGGUAGGGGGGAGGGGGCUGUACGGGACUUCCGGGAAGGAAAGAAACGAUACGGGAUUAUGGGAUAUACUAAACUUCCUACUCACGAUCUCGAAUCGCAGGGGCAAAAUCUUGAUGAUCUUCCACCAUACGCACCACCAAUCCCCCAAAACCACAAUGACAUUUCAUCCACCCCAGAACUCAACUCCAGCUUACCACCAAUCUCACAACUUAAUCUCAACCACCACCAUACCUCCCUCCUCACAUUAGCUCAAACUCAUCACCUCACACCACAGGAUAUUCAGUUCCUGGCUGCACAACCUGAAUACGGUACACCGGCUCAACAGGAAGCGACAGAAAGGACGAAGAAAGUUGCGAAGUGGGUUGUGGGGAUCUUUUUGGUUGUUUGGGUGUCGGGUGUGGUGGGGAUUAUUGUGUUGGGUGUUACGAGUGGUUAA